AUGGAGGACGACAGGGCUGAGACCGAUCUUGGCAUCGCCGCCGACAUCGAGGAAGCACAGGCCCCAGAGCCCGUCAUCAGGCAGCCAAAGAAGAGAUUCGUCGGCAGGAGGACGGCGGCGGAAGCUGCAGCAUCCAAGAAUGGAAACGGCUCUGGAUCUAUCGAAGAUGCCGGUGCCGUUCAGGUUGCGCAACCCAGAAGGGCGCCUCGCCUACUCAAUCAGGUCCCUCCGGAGAUUCUCAAUGAUCCUGAGCUGAAGGCGGCCAUCUCUCUUCUGCCGGCCAACUACUCCUUUGAAAUCCCAAAGACCAUCCAUCGUAUACGGAGUCUAGGCGCGAAGAAGGUGGCACUCCAGAUGCCCGAGGGCUUGUUACUGUUCGCUACCACCAUCUCAGACAUCCUACAGCAGUUCUGCCCUGGGAUAGAGACGCUCAUUAUGGGCGACGUGACUUAUGGCGCUUGCUGCAUCGAUGACUACACCGCACGCGCCAUGGGCUGUGAUGUCCUGAUCCACUACGCCCACUCGUGCCUGAUACCCGUGGACGUCACCAAGAUCAAGACACUGUACGUCUUUGUUGACAUCAGCAUCGACACGGCGCACCUGUUGGCGACACUCGAGAGGAACUUCACGCCCGGCAAGACGAUCGCCAUGGUCGGCACGAUCCAGUUCAACGCCACAAUACACGGCGUAAAGGCGGCGCUGACGAAGGCCGGAUUCAAGGUCAUAGUCCCGCAGAUCGCACCUCUAUCAAAAGGGGAGAUCCUGGGCUGCACGAGCCCCGACAUGACCAAGUACGCCGACGACGGGCCCGUGGACUUCAUCCUCUACCUUGGAGACGGCCGCUUCCACCUGGAGAGCGUAAUGAUCCAUAACCCCAGCAUCCCAGCCUACAGAUACGACCCGUACUCUCGCAAGCUGACGCACGAGACGUACGGCCACGACGAGAUGAAGGACCUGCGGAGACAGGCCAUCGACGCGGCCAAGUCGGCAAAGAAAUGGGGCCUCAUCCUCGGGUCGCUAGGCCGGCAGGGAAACCCAAACACAAUGACGCUCAUAGAGAAGAAGCUGACGGCGCUGGGCAUACCGUGGGUCAACCUCUUGUUGAGCGAGAUCUUCCCGGGCAAGCUCGCCAUGAUGAGCGACGUGGAGUGCUGGGUGCAGGUUGCCUGCCCGAGGCUCAGCAUCGACUGGGGAUAUGCGUUCCCCAGGCCGCUGUUGACCCCAUAUGAAGCGCUGGUGGCGCUCGGGGAGAGGGAGGACUGGGGCAAGGGCGUAUACCCCAUGGAUUACUAUGGCAAGGACGGCUUGGGGAGAACAAAACCUGUGAAGCUGGUAGAGGCAACUUAG